CACUUCCUCUUCCUUUUUUACCCUCAUCUUCAAGAUGUCUCACAGGAAAUUCUCUGCCCCAAGGCAUGGUUCCAAAGGGUUCUUACCCAAGAAAAGGGCCAAGCGCCAUAGGGGAAAGGUCAAGGCUUUCCCCAAGGAUGACCAAAGCAAGCCUGUGCACCUGACAGCCUUCAUUGGAUAUAAGGCUGGUAUGACCCAUAUUGUCAGAGAAGUGGAUCGCCCUGGCUCAAAGACCAAUAAGAAGGAAGUGGUUGAAGCUGUGACCAUCGUUGAGGCACCUCCCAUGGUUUGUGUUGGUAUUGUUGGCUACAUUGAAACGCCAACUGGCCUGCGCACCUUCAAAACCGUGUUUGCAGAGCAUCUUAGUGAGGAAUGCAAACGCCGCUUCUACAAGAACUGGUCUAAUUCCAAGAAGAAAGCUUUCACCACCUAUGCAAGGAAAUGGGCUGAUGAUGCUGGCAAGAAGCAGAUUGAGACGGACCUCAACAAAAUCAAGAAAUACUGCAAAGUUGUGCGCAUCCUUGCUCACACUCAGACCAAACUGCUGCGUAAACGCCAGAAGAAGGCUCAUCUCAUGGAGAUUCAGCUGAACGGUGGCAGCGUUGCCGAUAAAGUUGAUUGGGCCAAGGAACGAUUUGAGCAGCCCAUUGGAGUGUCCACUGUGUUUGAGCAGGAUGAGCUCAUUGACUGCAUUGGUGUCACCAAGGGUCGUGGAGUGAAAGGUGUCACUUCUCGUUGGCACACAAAGAAACUUCCCCGCAAAACGCACAAAGGCUUGCGCAAGGUUGCUUGCAUUGGAGCUUGGCAUCCUAGUCGAGUCCAGUACUCUGUUGCCAGAGCUGGUCAGAAGGGUUACCAUCACCGCACAGAGAUCAACAAGAAGAUCUACCGUAUUGGCCUGGGCAUUCACACCAAGGACGGCAAAGUGAUCAAGAACAACGCCGCCACUGAGUUUGAUCCAACUGAGAAGACUGUGACUCCCCUGGGUGGAUUCCCUCACUACGGUGAUGUCCGCAAUGACUUCAUCAUGAUCAGAGGUUGCAUGGUUGGACCUCGCAAGAGGGUCAUUACUCUCAGGAAGUCUCUGAUGACAAGCUUCCGUCGUCGUCUGAUGGAGAAGAUCACUUUGAAGUUCAUCGACACUUCCAGCAAAUGGGGACAUGGUCGCUUCCAGACUGCCGAGGAGAAGCGCAACUUCAUGGGCCCUCUGAAGAAGGAGUUGAUGGUGAAAGACAAAGAAGCAACUUCUGCAUAAACUGUUAUCGAUGUGCAGUUGCUGAAAUAAAAUUGAUUGAAAUUGAGC